CUUAGGGCAAACUAAAAUGAAACUCAUCUCUCAAUUUUUUCAGGGUCCCCAAUCAGGUAGAACUUUCAUUGAAAUCUUUCACUGAAAUCUUUUUCACAAUCUUUUUCAAGACUUUUAAUAAUCGAUACAAGUCUUGGACACAAUGCAGGACAACAUGUGAGAAAGUACAAAUAAAAAUCUGUACGUUUGACGAAUAAAGUGAAAAAAAAAAAAACCUAAAGUAAGUAAAUUAAGAUCUAAAGUAGACUUCUAAAGCAAGAGUUUCUGCACAUGAAUGUUUAUUGAUGAUAAUUCCCUCUUGUAAUGACCGUCACGCUGUUGAACUGAGUGAGAAACCACCCCUCCACACAGAUGUGGGAAACUCAGUAGGGGUGUUGGGUUUGGGUGGUGAGGGAAGGGGGGUCGCUGAGCCCUGCCUUGGCCAAUGGGGCACGGUCAUUAGGGCUGACCAGUGUGGGCCCCGGCAUAUAAGAAGGGCCGUAUGGCACCAGAGCAACCACAUCACUCAGAGGUCGCCCCUUCACAGAUCUCCUACAUCACACCAAUCAUGGACGUAUUCUCCACAUCCCAGAUCUUCUACGACAGCACCUGUGCCUCAUCCCCUGAAGCUUUGGACUUCGGCCCCGGGGGGGAACUGGCUGGAUCUGAGGAGGACGAGCACGUCAGGGCCCCCGGGGCUCCGCACCAGCCGGGUCACUGUCUGCAGUGGGCCUGCAAAGCUUGUAAGCGCAAAGCCAGUACGGUGGACCGCCGGAGAGCCGCCACCAUGAGGGAGCGCCGCAGGCUGAAGAAGGUGAACCACGCGUUUGAGGCACUACGGCGCUGCACCUCGGCAAACCCCAGCCAGCGUCUUCCCAAGGUGGAGAUCCUGAGGAACGCCAUCCAGUACAUCGAGAGCCUUCAGGAGCUGCUUAGGGAACAGGUGGAAAACUACUACAGCCUGCCUAUGGAAAGCAGCUCUGAGCCUGCCAGCCCCUCCUCAAGCUGUUCUGAAAGCAUGGUUGACUGCAACAGUCCUGUAUGGCCUCAGAUGAAUCCAAACUUUGGGAAUAACUACAACUUUGAUGCACAGUCUGCUAGUGCGGUGGACAGAACUCCAGGAGUGUCUAGUUUGCAGUGUCUGUCCAGCAUCGUAGACAGGCUGUCCUCUGUGGACACGGGAGUUGCAAUGGGAAUGAGGAACAUGGUCGCUCUCUCUCCGACUGGAAGUGAUUCCCAGUGCAGUUCUCCAGACAGUCCCAGCAACAGACCAGUCUACCACGUCCUGUGAGAGGGAGAGAACGCUCUGCAGAAUCAGAACACCCGCCAUUCAAAUUGCAUGUUAAUUUUGGAUUCGUUUGGAUGCCAAUAAGAAUUUAGUAGUUUCAUAUCUCAAUUCAGAACACUUCCAAAGAUUUGACCUCAAAUUUAUGGUCAAAAGUGCAAAACAAAAUUGUGAAUUUAUUCUGGGACUGGUUAUAAUUUGGCUUAUGUGGUCAGUCUUUAACUUAACUGGCUUAAAAAACCCAAACUAUCCAUAAAAAUAUAUAAUAAUAAAGUACAAACUGGAUCUUUUACUGACUAUGUAGCUUAACUAUAUUGACCUUGGUUUUAUUUAUCAAUAAUAAUUGCUGUGGUACUUAGUAAAUGCUGUUUUUUGUAUGUUGUCCACAACCGACCAUCUCUGUGUUGUAAAUAAGAUUGUACAUAAUUUUAAAUGCCUGUUAUUGUAUUCAUGUAAUGUUGUUUCUGUCAUAUUUAAUGAACAUUCUCACAUAAAAUGACUUUUUUCAAUAAUAAAGUUGUAUUUAAUAAUA